UGAACAACCCUUUGAUCCUGAGACCACUAAAUAAAAAUGUUUCCUGAAACCCUAGAAAUGACAGGAGGGGUCAACGACACCAGUUUAUAUUAUAUUGAAAAGAACAACAAACCAUGUAACUUUUUUUUUCACUCUGUGAGCGAAUAUUAAUGGUAUCAUCAAAAAGAUCUUUCUCGAACUUAUAUGACAUCACUUUAAUAACAUAUUUGAAAAGCGAAAURUUUUGAAUUUUUGUAUUCGCGUAAAGACAAGGCGAUAUUGUGUCCAACAUCCGAUUCGGAUGCUUGAUCGGUAGACCGUUAUACAAGAGAGCAGAUUUGCAUAGGCCGAUUUGAGCGGAGCUUGCAUAACACCGGYAAAGGAUUGUAAACAAUCAAACCAACUGAGUARAAAACUGGUAAUAUCGAUAUCAUGAAUGCUUCAAAUCAUGAAAACACCAGCGAGUGUACAAUGGAGUUGGUUCCAGGUGCACCAUUCUUCGCGAUCAAUGUCCUUCUUGCYUUGGUUGGCACCAUUGGCAACCUACUGAUCAUAUUUGCUGUGUUGUACACACAUCAACUUCGACAAAAGUCGUCUAACUUUCUUCUCUUGAGCUUAGCAGUAGCUGAUUUACUGGUUACAGCUGGUUCGCAGCCAUUGUUUGCCGCGUGGAUGGGAAUGUUGACGUUUUCACAUCGAUGUCAUAGUGAACUUGUUCUUGUCUUUAGUAUCAUAGCUCCUUUCUCAGGCUCAAGUUCAGURUUACACCUAGCAGCCAUCAGUCUAGAUCGAGCUAUUUUUGCUCUCAAACCUCGCCGUCACCACCCGAUUAUGAAGAAAGGGGUAAAAGUGCUGGUGGCUGUCUGUUGGAUCAUCGCUGCAAUCCUHACUUGUCUACUGGUGCCAUUCCCUCCUGUUAGGAUUGCAGUAUUGGGUUUAUUUGCUGUCUGCUUUAUUAUCAUGCUGUGUUCUUAUGGACUGAUUUUAUACAAGAUUGCUAAAUCUUCAUCUACAGUGUUACCAUCAAAUGAAACCCAAGAAAUGUCUUUAGAAAAACGAGUCUCGGCGACUAUUGCCAUAAUCAUUUUGCUAUUUCUCAUAUGCUGGGCGCCAUUCUUCGUGUACCUUCCAUCAGCCGGYCAAGUGUCUCCAAAUAAGGAUAUUCAUUUUUGGUGGAUUGGAACCUUGUAYAUGUCGAAUUCAUCGAUGAAUUUCGUGGUGUACAGCUUGGGUAUGCGUCAUUUUCGUGCUGCGUAUGUGGCAAUCUUCAGAAAAAUAAAGCGAGGGCUUUGCAACUGCUGUUCGAACGAUGAUGAUCGUGAUGGAGCGACAAAGGAGGGAACAGAGGGAACAUACGUGUCUACGUUGUAGUUCUUACCAACAUUCACUGAAGGAGAUCCAUGGAACUCAGCACUAAAAAGCCAAGAUUUAGCCAUGAUAUUUAUGAUGGCAAAUUGAUUUGAUUUUAUGAUUUAUAUUGAUUAAUUUUCCAACAUAAUUCACUUUUUCAUUUAAUUUCUAAAACAUCUUGACUUAUGUCAUACUUUGCCAAAUGUAGCGUGAGAUUUCUUCGUUCAGCAAUAAUCAGAUGCUCAAUCUUUUCUCAAAUAAUACAACGGACGAUCUAAAAUGUUCAACAGUGGUUUAGACCUACUUCUGGUUCCAUAAAGUGUUUAUUUAGUAUAAUUACAACUUUUUGCCCGUCUUUCUGUGAAUUCCGCACGUACCAGAAAUUCCUGUGGUGAGUCAUGACAUGCUAUUAUACAAAUUACAAAUUAUUCAGAUGCAACGCAUGGAUUUUAGAGACACGUUAAUAUUGUCAAUGUUUUUUAUUAAUGUAAUAUUUUGAAGGAUUGUUGUAUGACAUAAAGUUGAAAUAAAAUGUAAAGUAUGA